AUUUAUAUAGUAUGACUUUCUUUUGGGAACCACAUGUGGGGACACACUUAACACCAUAAUACUAAUAUUGUUGAGUUGAUACCCUCAAAUAAUCUGUGCAUAGUUGAUACCACAAGUAGAUGGAGAACCAGAAGAGAAACGGAGGAGGAGAGGUUCUUGAUGGCUCCAACAUUAUGGAAUUGGUUGGAAACGAGCAAGGAUUCAACAAGUUUGUGGACCACAAAUUUCAUGAGCUGGAUAAGGACAGAGAUGGUAAGCUCUCCUUGAAGGAGCUUGAGCCCGCUGUUGCUGACAUCGGUGCUGCUCUUGGUUUGCCUGCUCAGGGCACUACUCCUGACUCUGAUCACAUCUACUAUCAGGUGUUGAAUGAAUUCACUCAUGGAAAGCAAGAAAAAGUGAGCAAGAGUGAGUUCAAAGAGGUUCUCUCAGACAUUCUAUUAGGCAUGGCUGCUGGAUUGAAGCGAGACCCAAUUGUUAUACUCCGCAUGGACGGGGAAGAUCUUCUUGAGUUUGUUAAUGGUCCAAGUUAUUAUACAGAAAUGACAUCCAUAUUCUCUCAGAUUCAAAACUCUAGUACAUCACUUCGCGAACUUGUUAUUGAAGCUUUUGGAAGACUCAAUGUUGAUCGAGGAAUUCCUCCUACAUCAGAUUCUUGGGUUUUUAACAACAUUGUGGAUCCGGCACUGUUGUCUCAAGCUUUGAAUAGGCCUGUUAGUGAUCAAGAGACAUUUUUGGAAGAAUUCAAGAAAGUGGCAUUGAGUGUGGUUAAUUGCCUUAAAGAGAAGCCUGUCAUUGUAGCUCACAGUGAAAACACUUUUGAUGGAAGUGGUGUCAAGAGACUCUUAUCCAACAAGUUUGAAUUAGAAAAGACGUUGAACACGACUUUAGGGAAUCUGCCAAAAGAUCGAAACGGAAAAAUAUCAAAGGAUUAUUUGCAGGUGACACUAGAUGUGGUGUCUCCAUCUGCUGGUUUACCUCCAGUUGGUGCAAUUGAAGAGAUGGAUAAGGUUAUUAGUGAAGCCUUUAAGACGAUGAAUAAUGGAGAUGACAAGAAGAUGAUGAUUAAAGAAGAAGAAUUCAAGAAAAUUUUAAUUGAAAUACUGGGGAGUAUCAUGUUGCAGUUAGAAGGAAGUCCCAUUGCUGUUUCUUCAAAUUCAGUUUUACAUGAGCCUUUAAGCGCAUCUUCUACACUUUUGAACCCAUCUUAAUAUUCUUGUUAUAGUGAAACAGGGUAUGCAUAACCGAUUAACGACAUGGCUGGUCAAAAACCAAGUACAAUAUUUAUUUUUAAUUACCUAUGCAAAUUGUUACCUGCAUCAUAUUUCUCCCGUCUCAUGUUAAGUGUCACAUUUCAUAUAUUUA